AUGUCCCUGUCACCUGGAGGAGGCCCAUCCGGUGGUGGAGUAGGAGGAGGAGGAAGUGGUGGUGGGGGCAACAACCACCACAACCACAGCCACAACCACAAUCACAACCACAACCACAACCACAACCACAACCACAACUUCGGUGGCGGCGGCGGUGGUGGAGGUCCAUCUUCAUCUUCGUUUGCACAUUUCCACAAUAAGAGCUUCAACAACAGGAAGUUCAGUUCAGCUUAUAUGAACACGACGGCGACGACCAGCUCGGGAUCACUUUCAUCGUCGUCAUUAUCAAACGACGACGAGGACGACGGCGACACUUUCACUUCUGUCAUGCGCGAUCGUCAGGCGAGGGGGAAGGACCCCUAUAAUUCGGGGGAUGGGUCUGAGGGGAGUGACUUGAGUGAUCGGGAGGGUGGGGUUGGGACGUCGAAGUUGAGGUUGGGGGGUGGUGGUGGUGGUGGAGGGAGACCUGAGAAGGAGGAUUACGCGGGCAGAGAGCUUCGUCAAAAGGCGAUUGCCUUUCUGGAUAAUCCUGAGCUGCUGAUGAUGUAUGCUCAGAGUACGGGUGAUAGCAUACCAGGUGCCCGUCUCCAUUUUAUGCGUCUCCUUUGUGGGUAUGACGAUCUCCCUCAGCAUUCUUCCAGCAAUAAAGUGGCAACGUCAGGUUCACGGUUUGCCAACCGACCUGAUCACCCUAGACAGCAAGCUCACAAUAUCGGUGAGAAACGUCGCCGAUAG